UGUCAGCGCUUCCGGUAGGCGUGUCUCCGCGCUGUGGUGCCCGAGUCUCGCUGCGCUUUCGGUUCAGGACUCGCUUUAUUUCUGAUCUUGUGAUGGCGGUGAAUUUGAGUAAAAACGGUGCCGCGCUCACAGCCGCAUAUAAAGAGGUGGUGGAUGAAAAAUCCGAGACCAACUGGGCCUUGUUCACCUACGAGGGAAACACCAAUGAUAUCCGGCUGGCUGAUAAAGGGGAGGGAGGCCUGGAGGAGCUGGUGGAGGAGUUGAACAGUGGGAAGGUGAUGUACGCAUUCUGCCGGGUCGAAGACCCCAACUCCGGCCUCCCUAAAUACGUCCUGAUCAACUGGACUGGCGAGGGUGUGAAAGACGCCAGGAAAGGACUGUGUGCCAACCAUGUUAGCUCCAUGGCUAAUUUUCUGAAGGGAGCACACGUGACUAUAAACGCUCGUGCAGAGGAGGACGUGGAACCCGACUCCAUCAUACAGAAAGUGGCCAAGGCUUCAGGAGCCAAUUACAGUUUCCACAAAGAGUCCAACCGCUUCAGAGACAUGGGACCUCAGGGGCCUGUGGGUUCUGUGUAUCAGAAGACCAAUGCAAUGUCCGAAAUCAAGAGAACCAACAAGGAUAACUUCUGGGCACAGGCGGAGAAAGAUGAGGAGAAGCGCCGGCAGGAGGAGAAGAAGAAGGUGGAGGAGGAGCGGCAGCAGCUGGAGAAGGAGAGGAAAGAUCGGGAGGUGAAGGAGGCUGCGCUGAGGGAGAAGGCGGCCAGAGAGAGGGCCUCGCAGAUCGACGAGCAGAGGAGGUACCAAGAGCAGCUCGAGAGUCAGCAGAGGAAACAGCAGGAAGAGGAGGAGCCGCCCGCCAGACCCAAAGGCUAUAAGAGUGCAGAAUCAGUGGAAAAAGCCCAUGAGGCUGCUGCUCUCAUCUCCCAACGUUCUUUGAACCCCAGAGAAAUGUUCCAGCAGAGAGAGAGGGGCGUGGCAGCCAGCAGCACAGACAACACACCAUCCAGCCCACAGCCUGGGCGAUUGAAAAGCCCUUUUCUGUCAAGGCAGCCUUAUGAGCCUGAGCUGUCUCGCUCUCCUGUACGCCAAGCCUCACCUGUACGAACCAGAGAAACCAGAGUUGUGGAGUCUCACACUGAUUACGAGGAACCAGAAGCUGAUGAGGAGUACGAAGAUGUGGAGGCGGUCAGUGAUCAGUACACUUCUCAUGUGGAACAGCAGCAGGAUGGAACAGUAACAGAGCCGGAGAACCUUUAUGAGGAACCACCGCAGCAGGAGGAGCAGAACCUUUAUGAAGACUCGAACCCUGUUGAUCGUGGUACCUGUGCUCGAGCACUGUACGACUACCAGGCAGCUGAUGACACAGAGAUCUCCUUCGACCCGGACGACAUCAUUACCGGCAUCGAAAUGAUCGACGAAGGCUGGUGGCGAGGCUACGGUCCAGACGGCCAUUUUGGAAUGUUCCCAGCCAAUUAUGUCGAGCUCCUCUAAGCAGCGCCGCCGCGUCCAAUAACAUCUGGGCAAUGUCGACUUUGUCCCACCCACUUUUAGUCACAUAGGGAAAUGGGUCCAUUAGAUAAGUUGGACAGACUGAAACAAAACCACUGAUCAAUGAAAGAAAAGAAGCCCAAGGAAACUGUUAUAGAGUCAACUUUUUUUUUUUCCUUCAACAUUCCUUUAAACACGUUAAUACUGUGCUCACUGGCUUACAAAAGAAUGGUCUGUGUGUGUCAUGGAGUCAAUAGUUGGUGUUAUUUUAUAAUCUUAACCUCGAAUAUUCUGUGGCUCACGUCAGUGUUUGUGUUUUUAUCUUCCUGUAAUGUUCCUGGACCAAUUCCUGUUUGAGAGAUGAUCGAGUUUCAGUAUCAGUGGAAAUAAAAAUGGUUAUUAGGAUUAGAGAGAGAUUUCCUUCUGACGUGAGCUCUGAGGUCUGGGUUUUUUGCCUUGUUUUUGCCUUUUCUGCACAUUUUGGAGCAGUGAAACUCCUCCGCUGAUGAUCUGAACACCGGUGCUCGAGGAAACCUGAUCACUAGUCUGAUUAUUUUCCUGCAUUUCUUAGCAUUUAAGGAGCUGAACUAAUCCUGCACACCUUCUCACAGCCUUAUCACAGUCUGCUCUGAAAUGUGGAAAUACUAUAAUACUGUGAUGUUCAUUUUUCUUCUUUAAGUUUCAGGGAACAAUCGUAAACUAAUUUUUUUUCCUCCCCCCCUCCUUUGGCUGCCCUUUGCAUUUCCAGUUAUUUUUUUCCUUUCUUUAAAAAAAAAUAAUAAUAAUUUACACUGCAUUUUCAGUUUGCGCAGCUCUUGAAAAGCCCCAGGGUUUGUUUGCUGUGAAGGCUGUGCCAAUAGGAGUGUGACUGAGUGAAAACAUUGAUUUAUUUUUUAAACUUUAACAUUAGAUUGUAUGGAAGAAGAUCGUGUGACCACCAGUGGGAACGUGGUUCCUUCAGAUUAUUGUGAUCUUUAAUCAGAACGAUGAAAUAAAGGAAGUGAAAAUGCAAA